AUGGAUAUACCUGUUUUUUUCAUCAUAUUGUGGGUUUUAAUUUUACCUGGAGAUUUUAGUGAUCUUGGACAUGUGAAAUCAUUUUUAAAUCGCAACAAACGUUUUCUAAAAAAGAAAUACCGACCUAUUUAUCACAUAACAGCACCAGAAGGUUGGAUCAGUAACCCUACUGGAUUUAUCUAUUACAAGAGGCAGUAUCAUAUAUUUUUUCAGUAUCAUCCAUAUGAUGGGGCAUGGGAUCAUGUGAGUUGGGGACAUGCCGUUAGUGACAAUUUGAUAGAUUGGAUACAUUUUCCAACAGCAUUGAUGCCAAAAGAUCAUUAUGAUAGGCAUGGUUGCCUGGCAGGUUGUGCAUUAGUGGAUAAGAACUUGCUGACAUUAUUCUAUACGGGUAAUGUAUUAUCCGGCUAUGAAUCAUUCCAAACACAAAACGUAGCUAUAAGUGAUGAUGGUAUGUUCUUUCAAAAAUAUCUAUUUAACCCUAUUAUAAGAGAAUCACCGAGUGAAAUAGGAGAGUUCAGAAAUCCUAAAGUUUGGCGUUCCCGUAACAUUUGGUACAUGAUUGUUGGAACAACAUCCCGAGAAAGAAAUGGUCAGCUAGUUUUAUAUACCUCAAGAGACAUGUUUAAUUGGGUAUUAAAUGGUACAUUGGUAAAUUCAUAUGGAGAUAUGGGUAAUAUGUGGGAAAAUCCAGAUUUAUUUGAACUAGACGGCUACCAUGUCCUAAUUAUUUCAGUCCAAGGAAUAGAAGCGGAUGGUUGGAAGUUCAUAAAUGUAUACCAGACGGGAUAUAUUCUAGGACAUUUCAAUUACGUUAAGAAUCAGUUUGAUGAUAUGGAAGUUUCUAUAGCUACUUUUAAUCAACUCGAUUAUGGACAUGAUUUUUACACUGUUAAAACAAUGCGCGCUAAUGAUGGGAGGAGAUUGUUAAUAGGGUGGUUGGGAAUGUGGGAAAGUGAGUUUAUUGAAUCUGCCUUUGGUUGGGCAAGCAUGCUAACGAUGGUUCGAGAAUUACGUAUAAACAAAAACGGUCGAAUUCUAAUGAAACCUAUCGAUGAAAUUAUUCAACUUAGGGAAGAAUUAAUAGAAAACGCUUGGUAUAAACCUGGAGAAUUUUUUCAAGCAGAAAGUCAUUCUUUUGAGUUAUUAGUUAAUUCAACUUCAGUCUUUUCAGAUGUUGAACUUAUAUUCGAAUGGAAGUUUGGUCGAUUUAUUAUUGGAUAUUUUGCAGAACAUGGAUACAUUAGUGUAGAUCGAGGUGGUAUUGACGGUGUACGAAGAGCGUAUUGGUCACCCGUUGAUCACGUUCACUUACGAAUUUUCGUUGAUUCCAGUUCGAUAGAAGUAUUUUGCGGAGAUGGUGACGUUGUCUUCUCUAGCAGAAUAUAUCCAAGUAAUAUAUGUGUACGAAUAGCAGGAUAUUCUGAAGUCCACAUAAUGCAAUAUAAGUUAAGACGCAGCAUAGGUUUUGAUAAAAACCUUAGUCGACAAGUAAACAAUAAUCUGAUAAACUCCUAUAUAUAUUAA